AUUAAGCCAACCGUUAAUGAGGUUGGUUUAGCACCGAGUAAGAUUUUGAAUCCACAGCUAGGAUCAUUGGAAAGUGGAACUCCAUUUUCGCUUUGAAGUUCGAACCUUGUGGCUACGCAGGCUUCGUCUUAGGCUCUGCUAUGUACUCGCAUUCGCCGAACUACCGUUCAAAAUGCAGAGCUCCUGCACUUGUCAUCAUCUUCCUCAUGUGUUCCCUCUCCUUCACUAACGUCAAUUCCCAGGUUUCAGAAGCAUGUUCGGCCGCUACGGAUUGUGGGGCAGGUCUCUUCUGUGGCAAUUGCCCCGCUUUGGGCUUGAAGCAACCCAUCUGCACCAGAGGCCAACCCACCCUUCCAACACCCAUCGUCAAUGGGUUGCCCUUCAACAAGUACACUUGGAUUGUGACCCACAAUUCCUUCAGCAUCGUCGAUGCACCGCCUCUUCCCGGUGUUCAGAGGAUGACCUUUUACAAUCAAGAAGACUCUGUCACUAACCAGUUGAGGAAUGGAGUAAGGGGACUUAUGUUGGAUAUGUACGACUUCCAGAACAAUAUCUGGCUCUGUCAUUCAUUUCGUGGGCAAUGCUACAACUUCACUGCAUUUCAACCGGCUGUUAAUACUUUGAAAGAAGUGGAGGCGUUCUUGACAGAAAAUCCAACUGAGAUCGUUACCAUCAUAAUUGAAGACUAUGUGCACACUCCAAAGGGGUUGACUAAUCUGUUCACAAGUGCUGGAUUGGACAAAUAUUGGUUUCCAGUCUCCAAGAUGCCGAAAAAGGGUAACGAUUGGCCCACUUUGACGGAGAUGGUUCAAGCAAAUCACAGACUUGUUGUUUUCACUUCAGAUGCUUCAAAGGAAGCAGAUGAAGGAGUAGCUUAUCAGUGGAGGCAUAUGGUCGAAAAUGAGCCUGGCGAUCCUGGAGUGGAACAGGGUUCUUGUCCACACAGAAAAGAAUCAAAGGCAUUAAAUUCUAGAAGUCAAUCACUUUUCCUGAUGAAUUACUUUCCAACCUAUCCAGUUGAAGCUGACUCAUGCAAAGAGCAUUCAGCUCCACUUGCUGAGAUGGUCAAUACUUGUUACAAAGCUGCGGGGAAUUUGCUGCCCAACUUUGUAGCGGUUAAUUUUUACAUGAGGAGUGAUGGAGGUGGUGUUUUUGAUAUUGUGGAUAAAAUGAAUGGCCAUUCAUUGUGUGGAUGUAGUACAAUCACAGCCUGCCUGGCAGGUGCACCCUUUGGGUCUUGCAAGAAUAUCUCUGUUCCUAGUACAAGUCCAGCGACUAAUACUGCUGGAAGCUUUACCGGAUCUGUUCAAUUCUCUAAAUCAGCUGCAUCGGUCCAUCGUCCAAAUCGUUUAUUUCUUGUCACCUUUUACUUUCUACAAAGUCUUGUUGCAGCUGUGAUGACUAAGCACUGUUGUAUGAUAUAUUUAAGCUAGUCUUUCAAGAGGAUCUCUAGUAUCUUGGCAUGUACACGGCAGUAUUAUCAUGAGCUAUGAAGUGUCAUGGAACUAUUGCUAGGUUAGAAAAAAUAGAUAUAGACAAAUUUCUUGCUGAGGCUACGUUCAAGGAUCAGUGAAAACGUUUGAGUUGAUAGUCAUGAGAGACCAAGAAUAUUUCUGGAGCUAUAAGUAGUUCAGGCUUUGUAUUAAAAAAUUAUUAGUGAACAACAAAUCAGAAUAGAACGGGUGGAAGCUCCCCAUCCUUGUUAAGGUUUGUAUUUAUAAAUGUAUCCAAUUAUUCAUAUGUCCUGUAUUUCCUUCCCACUACACGGUCUUCACUCUUGCAUUGAUGUUGUUAUAGAUAUUUUUCCAAAUUACUAUGUCUAUAAUAGAAAUGGAACACGGACAAUUUAGUUUGACA